UUCUCCGUUUACUUGCAAUCGCCAUAUUGGGUGCUCGCCUACUCGAAUGACUUGUCUGUUUUUCUUCGGAAUUACUACGAGACGGGAUCGGAGCGCAUCUCGGUGCCGCGCGCUGUUUUGACGAGCAUUUCUUCCUGCGCGCUUUCGUAACCUUUCUACGUGCAUUUUUACGCCUUUGUUAUGCGUGCAUCUGGUUCACUUUGUGAUUCGUUCGGCUUUGGGAGCGAUUGCUUUUAGUUUGUGCGUUUGGCUCGAUCGCAAGUACGGUUCUUGGGCAAAGUUUCAUGUGAAAAAAUGUCAAAAGUGCGCGUCUCUAAUGGAAGUCCGCCGCUGGACAGGGUGGACGCGAGACAGCCGGAUAGCACCAGACCUCCGGUGUGCAGAAAUCUGUUCGGGUCCGGGGAUCGCGAAGAGUUAGGACGGGAUGUUAGGGAGCAAAUGCGGGAGAUAGAGGAAGCAUCCAAGGAAAAGUGGAAUUUCGAUUUUGCCAAAAACGAACCGCUCGCGCUGGGCAAGUACGAGUGGCAAGAGGUGGAUGGCAAAGAUCUGCCGGAUUUUUACACCAGACCGCAUCACGUAAAACGGGCUACCUCUACCGGGACUGUGGACCAUAACGGGAAUCACGAUUAUUUGUUGACAACUCCCUCCCUGGAGAACGGACAGGGGGAAUCUGAAAACUCAGAGACUGGGAGUGAGUCGGACUGCCGAACAGCACUAACCACACCGAGGAAAAGACCGUCGACAGAGGAUCAGGAUCCUCCUUGCCAAAGUAAAAGACCCAACGUCCAGACGACAGAUGCGAACCGCUGUCCAGAUACGACACAUUCGGUGGAACAGGCGCCCAGCAAAUCAGACCCAAAAACGUAAACAAGUCUUUAACGCAAAGAGAUGAAGAAGCCUAUAUUUCUCCAUCAAAUACUUCAAUAGCUUUAUGAAGUAAACAGGGAUAGCAGUUGAAAAAUAUAAAUUAAGCCCUGGAAUGGCUGUAUAAGCACUGAAUUUUACACUAAAGUUUUGGCACUCAACAGAAUAUAUUUGCCUCAAAAGCAGACAAUGUAGCAGUGUGCAAUUGGAGUUGCUUCAUUUGUUGUUUUACUACCUAUGUAUAUACUUUCAUUUUAUAUGUAGCACAUUUAAAUGUAAUAUUAAGAUUAAAAAAACACAAUCGUUUAUAAUGGAGUGCGUUUGACUUGAAGAAUUGCUGUGCAGUUUUCAAAACGUCUCCCCAAAAUGAUCCCUUUUAAGUAAAUAUAUAACACACACACACACACAUCUGGUUAACUAUCUCCGUGGGGACAGUUCAUGUUUCUUAUACUGUACAAACUGUAUAUUUUAUCCCCUAAACCUAAAGGUCAUAGAAAACUUUUUGCAUUUUUAGAUUUUUAAAAAAUAUUGUUCUGUACAAUUUAUAAGCUUUUUUUGCCCAUAGGGACCUCAAUUUUGCUCCAAUCCACAGCCCCCCCCCCCCUGACACGAGUCCCCAUGUGUUGGUGUGCAUUCAGGUUUAGGUCCCCGCCGGGAUAUAAAAACAUGUCCACACACACACACAAUUUCCUUUUAAUUAGGUUACACAGUCCCAUUGUCUCAGUUUGCCUGGCACAGGGUGUUAAAAGAAAAAAUACACCUAAUUCAGUGCAGAACGCCAUUAUUUUAUCCAUUUGCAUAAAUGUAUCACUGUCUGAAAAAAUUUUUUUGCACCUCAUGUGAUAUGACUAAAUUGACACAAAAAAUAUUAAUUUUGAUAUUUGCCAUAAAACAUAAGCAGUGAAUUAAUUUAUCUGCCAAAAUAACAGCACAUUUGUGGUGGGUUAUUUUUCUCUGAAGGGGUUGUGACUCCAAAUGUGGUAUCAAGGUUUUCACAGUUCUUUACAGUAUUGUUAUUUCCCUGGGUUAAUCCACUAUUUUUAUUUUGUUUCGUUUAUUUUAAUUUAUUAUUAUUUUUUAAUUUUGGCUUAAUCGUAUACGUUGUCAUCAACUACAAAUCCUACUGAUUACACAUACAUAAAACAAAAAAAGUAAUGACCAAUUAAUUUCCUUAAGUCAAUUUUAUGUAUUUCUAUUAAUUGUUGUGUAGCAUAUUGUUUAUAUAAAAUCUAUAUUUGUAUUUUUUUUUACUUUUUCUUUUUUUUUCUUUAACACUGGGCCAUAUAAUUAAGAACAUUAGUCCAUGAAGCCAGUUUCUUCACAAUAUAUUUGGCUUUCAUGUUGAACAUGACAUGGCACUAUGAAAAAAAAAUGUACAAACCUACAGCAAAAAAAAAAAGACGUUACACUGCAUGGGUGUAAAACUUUGAAGUGUACAUGUGCAAACUGCUUUGUAAAGAAGAGAAAAGGAAAAAAACACUGAGAAAAUUAUACUAACUUAUUUAUGUCAAGCUUUUUGUUGUUUAUGACUAUCCAAAGUGGCAUUUGUGCAUUUUCUGUACUUUUUUAUACAUGUUUUUUCACAUUUUAAAAUUUGUGCAAGGUUGCAAACUGAGCCUUUAAAGAAUUUGAUGUGGAUUUGUGUACUGCUUGUUAAAUGAGAUAAUUAAACCAUAAUGAAAUGAA